AUGGCUGCUGGUACGGUAGCCGAUGGCGACACACGUGGCGGCGGCAUGUGCGACUCGCCCAUCCUCAUCAUCGGGUCCGGUAGCACCGGACUCGCCCUUGCACAGGGUCUUCGUAAGGCUGGUCUGAAGUGCAUUGUCUUCGAGAAGAGUUCCUCGCGGUAUGGCGAACGUGAUUGGAACAUGGGCCUGCACUGGGGCGCGCCGGCGCUCAAGAGCCUCAUGCCUGACGAAUGGUGGAACAAAAUCCAGAGCAUUCAAGUGGACCCACAUGUUCCGACAAAAGAGUUAGACACUUUGAAAUGGCUCCAGGGUGAUACUGGAGAAGCAAUGGCUGCUUUCAAAUUUGGGCCAUUCUACAGAUUGCGACGAAGCAAGUUGCGCGAUCUGCUAUCGCAAGAUGUGGACAUCCGGUAUAAUAAGCGCCUAGUCGAUGUGACAUACUCCGAGGACGGCAAAGCUGUCACAGCACACUUUCUUGACGGCUCGACUGCGGCUGGUUCGUUUUUGAUAGGAGCAGAUGGAGCUCGCUCAUCGACAAGGCAACUCCUGCUCGGAGCGGAACUCGGCGGCAUCGAUCGACUACCUUACGCGGCGACAUUUGUUCAGCGGAAGUUCACCAAAGAGCAAGCGCUCUAUCUUAGAAGCUUCCAUCCACUCUUCCUUGCGAGCGCACAUCCACGUAAUAAUUUUGCGUUCUUCGGUAUGCAGGACGCAGCAGUAGCUGAUGAUCCGUCCUCGUGGACCUUCUUUUUCUACAUCUCUUGGCAUAGUAGCUUGCAAGAACAGGAAGAAACGAAGAAUUGGACUGAUUCACAGCGCCUUGCCCAGCAGAAAGAGUUCGCCCAAAAUUUCUGCGAUCCAUGGAGAAGCGCGUACGAAUGGACGCCGGAUGAUGCACCUGUGUGGUAUAUGGGACUCACUGCUUGGGAUCCGGGACAUGAAGGUCAUCGAUGGAACAAUCACGACGGCAGGAUCACCCUGGUUGGCGACGGUUGCCAUCCAAUGACUUACCAGCGUGGUCAGGGUUUGAAUCAUUCGGUUACGGAUGCUGGGCAAUUGAGGGAUGCUCUUGUCAAGAUCAGCCAAGGCGCGAACCAGAAGGAGACUAUUACGGCCUUCGAAGAUGAGAUGAUUCGAAGAGGAGGUACUGAAGUUAGGGACGGUGUUGCAAACACAACUUUAUUGCAUAAUUGGGAGAAAGUCAAGCAAAGUCCGCUGUUCACGAAAGGCAUGCAGAAGACCGAGACAUGA